AUGAAGAUGUUAACCAAGUUCGAGUCCAAGUCAUCAAGGGCUAAAGGGGUGGCAUUACACCCUAAAAGGCCUUGGGUUUUGGUAUCCUUACAUUCAUCAACUAUCCAACUCUGGGAUUAUCGGAUGGGUACAUUAAUCGAUAGAUUCGAAGAUCACUCCGGUCCCGUGAGGUGUGUAAGCUUUCAUCCUACUCAGCCUUUGUUUGUUUCAGGUGGUGACGAUUAUUCAAUUAAAGUGUGGUCGUUGAACUCAAGGAAAUGUAUUUUUACCUUGAACGGACACUUGGAUUAUCUCAGAUCUGUAUCUUUCCAUCAUGAUUUACCUUGGAUCCUUUCCUGUUCUGAUGAUCAAACCAUUAGGAUAUGGAAUUGGCAAAACAGACAAGAAAUUGCCUGCUUGACAGGUCAUAACCAUUAUGUGAUGUCAGCUCAAUUUCAUCCAAAAGAAGAUUUGAUCGUAUCAGCAUCUUUGGACCAAACCGUUAGAGUUUGGGAUAUUUCUGGUUUAAGAAAGAAACACUCAGCUCCAACUUCAUCCAUUAGAUCAUUUGAAGAUCAAUUACAAAGACAGCAAUUACCUCAGCAGGAUAUUUUUGGAAAUGUUAACGCUGUCGUCAAGUUUGUAUUGGAAGGUCAUGAUAAAGGAGUUAAUUAUGCUGCCUUCCAUCCUACUUUACCAUUGAUUGUAUCUGGUGGUGACGAUAGGUUGGUCAAAUUAUGGAGAAUGAGUGAAACAAAAGCUUGGGAAGUUGAUUCCUGUAGAGGACAUACCGGUACUGUUUUAGCAACCAUAUUCCACCCUCAUCAAGAUUUAAUCUUAUCAGUAGGUGAUGACAAAACCAUCAGAGUCUGGGAUUUGAACAAGAGAACUCCUGUUAAGCAAUUUAGACGUGAACAUGACAGAUUCUGGGACAUUGCUUGUCACCCAACUGUGAAUUUAUUUGCUGGGUGUCAUGACUCGGGUGUUAUGAUCUUCAAAUUAGAAAGAGAAAGACCAGCAUAUUCUAUAUUCCAGAAUAAGUUGUACUUUGUUAACAAUGAAAAACAAAUUCAAUGUUACGACUACCAGAAAAAGGAAACUUCCUUGCCAAUGUUAUCUUUGAAAAAGAUUGGUAAAACUUGGUCUUUUAUGAGAACUUUAUCUUACAAUCAGGCGGACAAUUCUAUUUUGGUCACCCAUGGUUCUAGUGACGAUGGAAAAUACUCUUUAAUCACCUUACCGAAACAUGUCACCGGCGCUAUAGAACCUACUGACGCUAGACAAGGGGAAUGUAACUUUGCUUGUUUCAUCUCCAGAAACAGAUUUGUUACUUUCACCAAGUCAAAUAAGCUGUUGGAGGUGAAAGACCUCAACAACAACACUACCAAGUCCAUUCAGUUGGAUUCUUCUGUUCAAGAUGUCUUGUAUGGUGGUCCCGGUCGUGUUUUAUUGGUGAAGAGCCACUCUGUUAUCAACUAUGAUGUUCAACAAAGAAAAGAAUUGGGAGAAAUCAGUGCCAAUAAUGUUAAGUAUGUAUCUUGGUCUAACAGUGGUCAAUAUUUGGCAUUAUUAUCUAAGCACACCAUCACCAUUGCUACCAAGGACUUGGAAUUGGUCAACUCAUUGCAUGAAACUAUUAGAAUCAAGAGUGCCGCUUGGGAUGAUUCAGACGUUUUGUUGUAUACCACUUUGAAUCACAUCAAGUACACCUUAUUGAAUGGAGAUAAUGGUAUUAUCAAGACAUUGGCUAACAUCUUGUAUCUUACAAAGGUUUCUCAAAGCAAGGUUUACUGUUUGAAUCGUGCAGGUGAAGUUGAAGUGGUUACUAUUGACCCUACUGAGUUCAGAUUCAAGAGAGCUUUAGUGAACAAAAACUUGAAGGAAGUGGUCAGAAUGAUUAAUAAUUCGAACUUAGUUGGACAAAAUAUCAUUUCUUACUUGCAGAAGAAAGGUUACCCCGAAGUAGCUUUAGCCUUUGUCUCUGAUCCGGAGUCAAGAUUUGUUUUAGCUUUGGAAAGUGGUAACUUAGCUGUGGCCUUGGAAGAAGCUAAAAAAUUGAACAAUAACUCUAUUUGGGAAAAGCUUGCUGAGGAAGCUUUAAAUGAAGGUAAUAUUGAGAUUGUUGAAUUUUGUUACCAAAAUCUUCACUUGUUCGACAAGUUGUCUUUCCUUUAUGUCUACAAGGGUGACACGGAGCGCUUGAACAAAAUGGCAACCAUUGCUGAACAUCGGAGUGAUUAUUCUUCUUUGAUUCAAAAUACCUUCUACAAUGGAGAUAUCAAGAAGAGGUGUCAGGUUUACAUUCAAAGUGGUAUGUUACCUUUAGCCUAUACUGUGGCUAAGUCUAAUGGCCUUGAAGAUUUAUGUGCAGAAAUCUUGAAUGAAGCUGGAAUCAAAGAAGAGGAUAUUGAAUUGCCUGAACUUAGUGAACCACUUCAAGUUCCCGAACCAGUUGCUGAGCCAAUUCAAAAUUGGCCAUUGAAACCAUCUGAGUUGAGUUUCUUUGAAAGUGCUCAAUUAAAUGGGGGUUUGGAUGAUUUAACUCUCGAAGAAUCUGAUAGCAUUGCUCCCAAAGACUUGGAAGCCUCUCAAUUAGAAUUGGAAGAAGAAUUUGAUGAUGAAAAUAUUGAAGAGGAUGAAGGUGGAUGGGGCUUGGAUGAUGAUGACCUCGAUAUUGAUGAAGAUCAAGUCUUUGAUGCCCAGACGGAUAAAGAAGCAGCUGAUGCUUCAAAUGCUCCAGCUGUGGAUGGGGAAAUUGCUUUCUGGCUUCGUAACGCAAAGACUGCUGCUCAAUAUGUUGCUGCUGGAGCUUUUGAACAAGCUGCUUCUAUGUUACAUAAGCAGUUAGGUGUCUCUGAUUUUGAACCAUUGAGAGAGAGAUUCUUGGAAGUUUAUGAAUCAUCCAAAUUAUACUUACCAGGUGUGGAUGGUUUACCUGCUAUGAAAGAUUAUAUCAGAGUUGAUAAUGACGAAGAUAAUCCAAACAAGUUUUUGCCUUUCAUACCAGGCUUUGAAGGCUUGGAAGAUAAAUUGGCCGUCGGUUUCAAAUACUUUAAGGAUAAUAACUUGGAAAAAGCCAUUAAAGUAUUCAGGGAAAUCAUAUAUACUAUAACGGUUCUCACUGUUGAAGAUGAAGAUCAGGAAUCUAAAUGUGAAGACAUAUUGUUAUUGUGUCGUGAGUACAUUUUAGGUCUAACUAUCGAAUUAACUCGUCGUCAAGUUGAAACUUCAGAUCCAAAACGUAACUUGGAAUUGGCUGCCUACUUCACCAGAACCAAAUUACAAAAACCACAUAAGAUCAAUGCUUUGCAAGUUGCCAUGAGUCAAUGUUUCAAGAAUAAAAACUACUCUAGUGCUUCAUAUUUUGCUGAUGAGUUAUUGUCACUUGUAAGCUCUGGACCAAGAGCUGAGCAAGCUAAAAAAUUGAAGGCAAAAGCUGAAACAAUUCCUGGUGAUGCUAUAGAAAUUGACUUUGACCUGUAUGCCGAGUUUGAGAUUUGUGCCUCAAGUCUAACACCAAUUUACAAAGGAUCACCUUCUAUUACUGAAACUUUAGUUGGAGCUAAGUACAAGCCAGACGAACUUGGCAAUAUCUGUAAAAUUACUAAGAUAACCAAAAUUGGUGCUGCAGCUUCUGGUUUAAGAAUAAAAGGUUGA